CGCAGAAUGACAGACAAAGACGAUUUACAGUUGACAACCAUCUCAUGUGGGAAAGAACAAGGGGUGGACAAUCCAGCAUUUUUUAAGGAGGAUAAAUUAACAGAUGACCUUAGUGACAGUGACAAAGAGGAGUCAGAGAAGGAGUCAAAAUCAUGCCUAAGCAAAGCAUGCAUACCCAUCACGGCCACAGAGACCUUCUGCAAGACACACUCCAAAAUAAUCAAAUACAUUGCUUUGGGAAUACUUGCUGCAGGUUAUUUAGCAUACUUCAUUGCUGCGGUUUAUCUGGACUUUCAGAGGGCAAUUGCUUUGGUUGUCCUCACUUGUCUGGGGGUGUUUAUCAUCGUGUGUGAACUGGUGAAUAAGUACAAGGGUGACAGCAUAAGGAGAUUUUUCAAGCCUGCACAAAGGUGUUUCAAAUCCAAUAUCAGAUGGAUAAAAUGGGUGUUCAUAGUAAUUGUGGUGGGCCUGCUGGUGGCGUGGCUGGCAAUCGACACACGAAAGCGCCCAGAGCAGCUCAUCUCUUUUGGCGGUGUCUGUCUAUUCGUUAUUGCCAUAUUUCUCUUCUCUGCACACAGAACUGCAGUGAGCUGGAGGACAGUCUUCUGGGGACUCGGUUUACAGUUUGCCAUUGGCCUGUUUGUCAUUAGGACAGAGCCUGGUCUGUUAGCAUUUGAAUGGCUUGGAAAGCAAGUUCAGAUAUUUCUGGACUACACAAAAGCUGGUUCAUCAUUUGUGUUUGGAGACCUCAUUGAGAACAUAUUUGCUUUCCAGGCUUUGCCUAUAGUGGUGUUCUUCAGCAGUGUAAUGUCAGUGCUGUACUACCUGGGUGUCAUGCAGUGGGUCAUCACAAAGAUUUCCUGGGCAAUGCAGGUAACGAUGGGAACCUCCUCUACAGAGACUCUCAGUGUGGCAGGGAACAUAUUUGUUGGUCAGACCGAGGCGCCGCUCCUGAUUCGUCCUUAUUUGAAGGACAUGACCAAGUCUGAGAUUCAUGCUGUCAUGACUGGAGGAUUUGCCACCAUUGCUGGGAGUGUUAUGGGUGCAUUCAUCUCAUUUGGGAUUGAUGCCUCAUCUCUGAUUUCUGCAUCAGUGAUGGCUGCUCCAUGUGCUUUAGCCAUCUCCAAACUAUCCUACCCUGAAACUGAAAAGAGCAAGUUUACGUCUAAGAGUCAGAUUAAAGUUGACAGCGGUGGUGAACAGAAUGUCUUGGAAGCUGUCAGCGGUGGCGCAUCUGCAUCAAUAGGACUUGUUGCCAACAUCGCUGCUAACUUGAUUGCUUUCCUCGCCAUUUUGAACUUCAUAAAUGCUACACUCAAAUGGAUGGGAGGCAUGGUGGGAUACCCAGAAGUCACUUUUGAGUUGAUCUGCUCCUAUGUGUUUAUGCCGGUGGCCUUCAUGAUGGGAAUUCCAUACGAGGAGUCUUUUACAGUAGCUGAACUUAUUGGCACUAAACUCUUCCUCAAUGAGUUUAUAGCCUAUGAGAAGCUGUCAGAGCUCAAAAACAACAGACUUAAUGGCAUUUUAGAAGAUGAUGGAGAGAAAAAUUGGCUCUCAGUUCGAUCAGAAAUCAUCUGCACCUAUGCACUGUGUGGCUUUGCUAAUUUCAGCUCUCUUGGUAUUGUGAUCGGAGGCCUGUCCUCUAUUUGUCCACAAAAGAAGAGUGACAUAUCUACUUUAGUGCUCAGAGCCUUGUUCACAGGCACAUGUGUUUCCCUGAUAAAUGCCUGUAUUGCUGGUAUACUUUUCGUCCCUCCGUUGGACUGCGUGGAUGUGUUUCAAAAUGUCUUCAAUACAACUACUCCCAACAUUGAAACUUGCUGUAAUGAUCUUUUUGAAAGCACUAUCAACAAUGGAACAAUUUAUUUCGAGGGGUCCUGGAGUGGAGUGAAAAAUGCAACAAUUUAUUUUGCAAACUGUUGUGGCCUCUUUCAGGAAUCUGUUUGCAUGUAGUUUGGCCAAUAAUGAUACAAAAAUGCAGAAAACACCUCUGAACUAAAU